UUCACCGUAGUAGGAUUGGUAAUUUGCGCUGUGGAAACAGAUUGAAAUCCAGCUGCUUGCACGAGACCAUAUCAGCGCUACACGCACAGCACCCACAACAUGGCUGGGAAGAUCCAGACUCUUACUAUGGAGGAGAGGGAGCACAUCCUGCCCAUGAUGAGGAACGCUCAGUGGGUGGAGGUGGUGGGGAGAGAUGCCAUUUACAAAGAGUUCCUCUUCAAAGACUUCAACCAGGCUUUUGGGUUCAUGUCCAGAGUAGCACUACAGGCUGAGAAAAUGGAUCAUCACCCUGAAUGGUUUAACGUGUAUAAUAAGGUUCAGAUCACCCUCAGUACUCAUGAAUGUGGAGGACUCUCACAGCGUGACAUCACACUUGCAACCUUUAUAGAUCAGGCCUCUGUCCUCUGAAUGGACCCUGUCACUUGACAGCUUGUCAGUUGACCUCUGUAGCCUGUAAAACCAAAAAUAUUGUAAAAAACUUCAUUUACCACUGUUAUCACCCUAUCAGUUUUGACUGUGUGUAGUCUGCCUGUUACGCCUAAUCAUUUCCCAAUAAGUAUUAAUGGAACGAUCAGGAGAAAUUUCUUCUUUUAAAUAAUUUUACAUUCACACAAUACAUAAACGUACUACAGAUCAGAGAUGAGAAUUGCUAGCACACUAAAGAGACCGGUCAAGCACUAUUACCUUACUGUUUUCUAUGGCUUAAAAUCUUUUUUUAAAGUAAAUAUAUGGUGCCUUUAUUUCCAUUUGAUGUAAUCCAGCGAUGACAUGGUUAGUGCCUCAGUGAAUUGUAUUAAACUGAAUAUUUGCCAACUUUGGCACUGUGAAAUCAAUGUAUCAUCUGUCAAAGCACUUGC